AUGCCGGAAAACAUGAGUAUAUCUGUGAAUGGGCAAUCUCAGGUCCCUCCCGGCUUCCGGUUUCAUCCAACUGAAGAGGAGUUGUUGCAGUACUACUUGAAGAAGAAGAUUUCAUAUGAGCAGAUUGACUUGGACGUAAUUCGUGACGUCGAUCUCAAUAAGCUCGAGCCAUGGGACAUACAAGAGAAGUGCAAGAUAGGAUCCACACCGCAAAAUGAUUGGUACUUCUUCAGCCACAAAGACAAGAAAUAUCCUACUGGUACCCGCACAAACCGAGCCACUGCUGCAGGGUUUUGGAAGGCCACCGGCCGUGAUAAAGUGAUUUACAGCAACUCUAGACGGAUUGGAAUGAGGAAGACACUGGUGUUCUAUAAGGGUCGAGCACCUCAUGGCCAAAAAUCAGAUUGGAUCAUGCAUGAAUAUAGACUCGAUGACAUUACUACGGAUACCAAUAUUGUUUCCAACGGAAUGGGAGAGGCAACACAAGAAGAGGGAUGGGUGGUUUGUCGUAUAUUCAAGAAGAAAAUUCACUGCAAAAACUUAGACAGUCCCAUCAGUUCAUCAUCUCUCACUGGAGAAACAAGAAGUCAGACGCUGAUCAGUCCGAGCGAAGAAGGGGCGUUGGAGCACAUACUUGAGUACAUGGGAAGGUCUUGUGAGGAGGAAGAUGAGCAGGGAGACGAUGGGAAGAGAUUUCUGGGGCCAAUGGACACUGCCUUCAACAACACACUCCAUGACAGGUUCAUGAAGCUGCCAAGUCUAGAGAGCCCAAACUCUAUCACUGCUACCAAUGAGUACCAACAUGUCCAUGUCCAGAUGGUCACAGACAAUGAUUCUACCUUAGUCAACCAGGUCAGUGUCGAACCCAACUCGGUUUAUCACUCCGAAACGGACCUAUACAACUGGGCUGCACUGGACCGGUUCGUAGCCUCCCGGCUCAAUGGUCAAACCGAGACAUCUAAGCAACUAGCCUGCAGCUUCAAUAAUAUUGAACCCAAUACUACCAUGCCUUUCUCUUCUCCAUAUGAUCAUGAUCAUCUCCAAUUACAGCAAUUACUAUCAUCUUCUUCUUCACCAAACAGACCCUAUCAGGAAUACAACAAUGAAUUCGAUCUUCGGACCUAUGCUCCUCAUGUAUAACAGA